AUGUCAUUAUUUAAUUUACCAAAAGUGGAUUUAGGUGAAGAUUGUGAAGGUGGCGUUUGAGCUAGACCUUCUUCAUCAUCAUCAUCUAUCAAUAAUGCUAGUGAUGAGUCUACACCAUUAAUUUCAAAGACAAACGAUGAAGAAAAAGCAAACAUUGGUAUCUCCUCAACCUCAAACUCCCCACAAGAAGAACAAACUAAAAAACCAUUAUUCAUUUCAAUUCUUACACUUUUAAUUAGUAUUCCAGCUUUAGUUGGUUCUUGAUGUUGGCCUGUGCUCAUUGCAAGCCUUUCUGGUGUUGCAGUUAGUGCAGGAUCCGUUGAACUAGCUCAUUCUUUAACAUUCGCCAUUACACUUAGUAUACUUUCAAACCUUGCUCAAUAUCAUUUCCAUAAAUGUAAAAAGAGACCAUCGGAUAGAGGUCAUUGGAUUAAAUUUGGACCUUUUUAUCUUACAGCUAUCGCUGUUCCAUUGGCAACCUUUGAUAUUCUAAGACAUAUUCUAGUUGAUAAUAGUAUUUGGACCAUCCACUCUUUCAUUUCACCUGCUGCCUAUAGACCUGGUUGCGAGAAUGAAAAUAUAACUUGCUUGUCUGUUAUGGGUUGGUUCUCUGCUAUAGUUUUCACUUAUACAGGUUAUGCUUGUCUUUUAGUUGGUACAAUUUGGGCUGCCGAUUUAAUUCCAAAAAUUAAAAAGGUUUGGACACAAUUACGUCCUUCAAAAAAGAAUUAA